CACAGCCAGAAAGCGGCACUUGAGAAUUCAAAGCCGACGAGACGACAGCGGCCCCAUAACGUCAAAGAGUCGACCACAUCUCUGCAUUUAUCUGUCACAGCCAUGGCUACACCCGUUUUCAAGAUCAUCCCGACAACCCAGACAUACGACUGGGGCAAAAUCGGAUCCAUCUCGAAAGUCGCCCAGUUCGCAUCGUCAUCGCACAUCCCUGGUUUCGUUCUGCAGGAAGAUGCCCCGUAUGCUGAACUUUGGAUGGGAACACAUCCCAAGUCCCCAUCGCGUCUCCUUGAUGACGAGAAGGUCGCGCUGUCCGACUAUCUCUCAUCGCAUCCUGAUCUCAUCGGCAAAGCGGUCAUCGAUCGAUUCGCGGCAGCCAGUGGAAACCUGCCGUUUCUUUUCAAGGUCCUCGCGAUAGAGAAGGCGCUCAGUAUCCAAACGCAUCCCGACAAGGCGACAGCGGAGGUUUUGUUCGCCCAACAGCCUGAUGUCUACAAAGAUGACAACCAUAAGCCUGAGAUGGCCUUGGCCCUGACACCAUUCACGGCACUGUGUGGCUUCUUACCCCUCCCCGAUAUCGCCAAACACCUUCGCAGCACCGUCGAAUUCAACUCAUUGAUCCCGACAUCCAUUUCGGAAUCGUUCCUGGCCAUCUCCGAGUCAUCGACCCCGACUGGUCCGAAGGAAAAGGUCGCCCUCAAGAAUCUCUUUGCCGCGUUGAUGACUGCCGAAGAGGCACAAAUCAAGUCGAAGCUCGAUAGCCUUGUUGGGCGCUACAAGGCCGGAAAACUGUCUGAUGGAGAGCCGCAAGAUGUGGUUGACCUGGUCCUCCGCCUCGACAGCCAGUUCCCCGGCGACAUCGGCAUUUUCUGUGCAUACCUACUGAACUAUGUAAAGCUCAGCCCGGGCGAAGCGAUCUUCCUUGGUGCUGGCGAGCCCCACGCGUAUAUCACUGGAGAUAUCAUGGAAUGCAUGGCCAAUUCAGACAACGUGAUCCGGGCCGGACUGACACCCAAGCUGCGCGAUGUACCGAAUCUCAUCUCGGGCCUGACGUACGAGGCCUCUCCCCCGAGCAAGCACGUCGUGAAGCCUGCGCCGUUUCAAGAUAGCGCCUCAAGCACGCUGUACGAUCCCCCGAUACCCGAAUUUUCUGUUGUGCAAGUCGUUCUUGGAGCUGGCGCGUCGGACAAGCAUGCUGCAAUCUCUGGACCCAGUCUCGCCAUCGUUACGGACGGGAGCGGAGCGGUGAGCUGGCCAGGUGCAUCAGCCCCUCUCGAUGUAGGACUUGGACAAGUCUUUUUCAUCGGCGCAGACACGGAUAUCACUUACACGAGUGACGCCGGUCUGACAAUCUAUAGAGCGUUCGUCUCAGUGGCUUAG